AAGAAGAAGCAGCAGAAGAAGAAGAAGAAGAAGAAGAAAACGUUGACUUCCGUGUUAAAUGUUAUAGACGUCUGUGUGCUUCGUGUCGGUGGUGUCUGUGAUUUGAGCCUCUUACACAGUCCCGAUGGAUCCCGCCGCAGCGCAGACUGGCUUCAGACAGCGUAAGUUACAGCCUAAUAUGCGUCUGAGGAACAUGGAUGGGUCAGAUGGUAGAGAGCUGUUUGAGGAUACAAGUGGAGCUGGACUUGGACCACAGAGUGGCUACAGGAAUCAGCAGGCCGGGCCACAGGCAGCAGGAUUCCCAGGCCAGUCCCUCCUGUCAGACCCCAUGUCUAACCUGGCCAUGGCGUACGGCAGCUCGUUGGCAUCUCAAGGGAGGGAAAUGGUGGAUAAGAAUCUGGACAGGUUCAUCCCAAUUUCUAAGCUGAAAUACUACUUUGCUGUGGACACUGUGUAUGUAGGGAAGAAGCUGGGCCUUCUAGUUUUCCCUUACAUGCACGAGAACUGGGAGGUGAGCUACCAGCAGGACACUCCAGUGGCUCCACGCUUUGACGUGAACGCUCCUGAUCUUUACAUUCCUGCCAUGGGCUUCAUCACAUACGUCCUGGUGGCCGGACUGGCCCUCGGCACACAGAACAAGUUUUCCCCGGAGCUGCUGGGAGUUCAGGCCAGCUCAGCGUUUGUGUGGUUGAUCAUGGAGGUGCUGGCAGUCUUGCUGUCCCUCUACCUUGUGACCAUAAACACAGACCUCACAACCAUAGACCUGCUGGCUUUCUCUGGCUACAAAUAUGUUGGGAUGAUCGUAGGUGUAGUAGCAGGCCUGUUGUUUGGGAAGCCAGCAUAUUAUCUCUCUCUACUGUGGUGCUGUGCUGCCAUCUUUGUCUUUAUGAUCCGCACUCUGCGUCUGAAGCUGCUGUCCGAGGCGGCGGCAGAGGGAAGGCUGGUGAGAGGAGCCCGGAAUCAGCUGAGGAUGUACCUCACCAUGUCUAUAGCGGCUGCGCAGCCCAUCUUCAUGUACUGGCUCACCUACCACCUCAUCAGAUAAAAGCUGGAACGCACACUUGUGCAGGAGAUGAACUUGGCUAACCGAGUGCCACCUCACCCUCAAAGAAUAUAAAAAACACUCAAGAAGAAGAAGCUGGACUUGGAUGAAACACACAACAGUUGUGUGGAUAUCCCUUCACUUCACACAAAGACUCACUCGAUGUGAGCACGGAGCAGAACACGUGCUACAAGACGAUUCGUAGACGAUGUGAGGCUCUAAUGCCUUUUCUCUCACAGCACAGCUUCAUGUCUUUAGCUUUGCAUCGUUAUCUUGUCUUUUUUGAUGUAACGUCUUCGAAGCCUUUUGUAGCAAGAGCAAGUGGCUUUAAGUUGCUUUUCUAUACCUUGUAAUUAUUUGUAAAUGUUUUUUAGGAAUAUUUAAGUGCAUAUGUUUGUGUAUAGCAAAAGUAUUACUGCUGAUGUUGCUCUGGUCUGAGAUCUCAUCAGCAACGUUUCUGAGCCGACAGAAAGAAAAGCACACAAACCUCACACACACACACACACACACACACACACACACGCACACGCACGCACACACACACACACACCGUCCAUUUAAAUGUAAACGAAGAGCUCAACUCCAGGUUUAAAUGUGAUCGAGUGGCUCCGCCUCCAUGUUGGUGGUUUUGGAAACAAGGAUUAUCUCAGUGUCACCUCCUGUUUUAUAUGUUUCUCUGUUUUUUUGUAUGUGCUUUGAUACAUGUGAAAGCUUUGCUCCCUGAACUCUUGGAUAGAAAUAUCAAGAGCCACAGUGACAUUAAUGUGUAGACGUCACAAUGAGAAUUUUUCAUAUCCUUUCUAAAAAGCAGAGUAAAUAACUUCCCAUUGGAAGUCAGAUGGAAUAAAGACAGGGAAGAGAUGAUCUGUGAAAAGUUGUUUUACUCUGCUUGAGAUACUUGAAAUAUUUUAAUGUCAGAAAUGCACUUAGUGCUUUUAAUGUGCUGGUGUCACUAUGAAAUGUGCUGUCCCUGCUUUAAUUUAUGUAGCAAGUGUUAAAUCAAACCAGGUAGGAUUUACAUUCACUUCAGUUCUUUCAGGAAACAUGGAAACGAUGGGUAAAUGCUUAAAUGCUUCUCCAUUAACUGAGGUGCCAAUAAAAAAAAAUUAAAAUGU